CACGCUGAGGCAUAUUUAAGGACCCCCUUACACCUUUGCCCCUUUGUCCCAGCGGAAACUCCAGUCUUGUGAUUACAACUUGAAGACCAGCCCAGUAAAGACCAAACAUGUGUGACGACGAUGAGACCACCGCCUUGGUGUGCGACAACGGCUCUGGCCUUGUCAAGGCUGGAUUUGCUGGUGAUGACGCUCCCCGUGCCGUCUUUCCAUCCAUUGUUGGACGCCCCCGUCACCAGGGUGUGAUGGUAGGUAUGGGUCAGAAAGACAGCUAUGUUGGAGAUGAAGCCCAGAGCAAGAGGGGUAUCUUGACUCUGAAGUACCCCAUUGAGCAUGGCAUCAUCACCAACUGGGACGACAUGGAGAAGAUCUGGCAUCACACUUUCUACAACGAGCUCCGUGUGGCCCCAGAGGAGCACCCCACCCUGCUGACUGAAGCCCCUCUUAAUCCUAAAGCAAACAGAGAGAAGAUGACUCAGAUUAUGUUUGAGACCUUUAAUGUCCCUGCCAUGUAUGUGGCUAUUCAGGCUGUGCUGUCCCUCUAUGCCUCCGGUCGUACCACAGGUAUUGUCCUGGACUCUGGUGAUGGUGUGACCCACAAUGUGCCCAUAUAUGAGGGUUAUGCUCUGCCUCACGCCAUCAUGCGUCUGGAUUUGGCCGGUCGUGACCUGACCGACUACCUGAUGAAAAUCCUCACUGAGCGUGGCUACUCAUUUGUCACUACAGCUGAGCGUGAGAUUGUACGAGAUAUCAAAGAGAAACUUUGCUAUGUGGCACUGGACUUUGAGAAUGAGAUGGCUACUGCUGCCUCCUCCUCCUCCCUGGAGAAGAGCUAUGAGCUUCCCGACGGUCAGGUCAUCACCAUCGGCAAUGAGCGUUUCCGCUGCCCUGAGACCCUGUUCCAGCCUUCCUUUAUUGGUAUGGAGUCUGCUGGUAUUCAUGAGACUGCAUACAACAGCAUCAUGAAGUGUGACAUUGAUAUUCGUAAGGAUUUGUAUGCCAACAAUGUGCUGUCUGGUGGUACCACUAUGUACCCUGGUAUUGCUGACCGUAUGCAGAAGGAGAUCACCGCCCUGGCCCCAAGCACCAUGAAGAUCAAGAUCAUUGCUCCCCCUGAGAGGAAAUAUUCCGUAUGGAUUGGCGGUUCCAUCUUGGCCUCUUUGUCCACCUUCCAACAGAUGUGGAUCAGCAAGCAGGAGUAUGAUGAGGCUGGCCCCUCUAUUGUCCACAGAAAGUGCUUCUAAAUCUCUGAACAAAAACUCCUAACGCCUGCCACACAAGCUUUCCUUCCAUAUCUAUAUUUUUUAUUGUGCGUUUUACUGUAUAUACAUGUUCUGUUGUAAUAAUAAAUAGUUGAUUUUUAUCAGUAA